CUGUGCUUCUUCCAGCAUUCAUGGCUCUUUUUACAGUACGCAGAAAAUUUUUGCUGGGCGCAAGAUACUUAUUUUGUUCCGCCGAAAGUUUUUGUGGAGGAAGUUUCGCCAGAAGAGCGACGCGAACGUCGAAUAAGCUACUACCAGUGGAUGCCGUUUUUUCUGCUUUUCCAGGCCGCAUGCUUCAAGGCGCCUACGCUUAUAUGGAAAUACUUCGCCGGGCAGUCUGGUAUGAAACUGGGCGAAAUCCUGCGUCUGGCCAGUGAUCCAGCAAAUUCAUCGCUGGAAGUAAAGAAAGCAAACAUCGACGCUUUGUGUAUACAUCUCCAGGGUGCGUUAAGGUUUCAUGAAAGACUCAAAAAGAAGAAACUGGUGCCGCAUAAAAUCUUCCGAUUUCUUAACAUUAAAUAUGCCAGCUACUAUGUAGCAACAGUUUACAUCAUUGCAAAAUUGGCGUUUUUGGCGAACGUUGUAUUCCAGCUGGGCCUAAUGACACGAUACUUGCUUCCCGAAUUCCGAAAUGACUAUGGUCUUGAGACGUGGAAAAAUCUUAUCUGGCCGAAGGAAAUUUCUCCGUCCUGGCAUAAUAGCGGGAUAUUUCCGAGGGUGACGCUGUGCGAUUUCGAAGUACGUGAGAUGGGGAACAUACAGACCCACACGGUGCAGUGUGUACUUGUGGUCAAUCUUUUCACCGAGAAAAUCUUCGUGCUCUUAUGGGCCUGGUUCAUGACUUUGACGGCACUCACAUGCGCCAGUAUUCUCAACUGGAUAUAUUUGUUAACCGAGGAGUGCUCGAAAGAACAUUUCAUUUUGAAUCAUCUCGAAAUGAGCGAAGCGCCAUUUAAUAAAACGGAUCCUCAAAACAAAGAGCAGGUGGAUCGCUUCCUGCGCAAAUAUUUGGGCACGGAUGGCGUUUUUGUGCUGCGCAUGGUUGCCAAUCACGCCGACGUUGUUUUUGCUACGGAACUGAUUGCCUCUUUAUGGCGUUCUCAUUACGUCUUCGAGGAACAGAGGAAGGGCAUAGUGCAAAUGGACAAAGUGUGGCCGCAGCAUCAACAGAGGCUAGAAUUGGCUUUACUGGAGGAAGAGGAAAAUGCCCGACAAAUCAGCGAGGAUGCGUUGAAUGCUCUGCAAAGGAAACGGAGUGUUUUCCGGGAUUCUCCAUUUUUUGCCAAGCGUGACUCAUUAACUGGAAUGGUUAUGCAGCAUGUCCCGUCUCGUACCGCUCUAGAAGGUUCUCGUUUUCCAUCGCGCAACAGCUCCAAGGACAGCAUUGUGCCUCCGUCAUCACGCCCCGCAAACCAGCCUCGAGGAAGCAUUUUUUCGGUGAGCAGCCAAGGUAAACUUCGAAGACGUCGCAGCGUGGAAGACAUCGACAUCAUAGGCGGUGGCAAAAUUAAGAAAUUCGCUGACAGCAGUGAUGAGGAUGAGAAAGAAAAAAGUCCAAAAAGCGGUCCAGCCGUUCGAAAAGGCAGUACUAGGUUCUGGUGA